AUGUCCCAAGCAAGCAUCGACGAGGCUACAAAUGUUAUACUGACGGCUGAUCUUACCCGCAUCGAACAUCGGCUACUUCUCGACUUCAUCCAGCAAGCAACUGACCCCGGUCUAGCUGCGCGUGAAGUUCUCAACAGGGUGAGGCCUGAUACAGACCGUCCAGUAGAAGAAGCUUUGCGCGACUUGAAGAAGGACUGGCACAGGCUGGUUGCAACAGUCGCUCGCUCAACGCCAGUCCAUGCUUCCCUCAGAGACCGCGUUUACUGUCGUGAUCAAUCCCGGUGCUGCGUAACACCUCUGGACCGUCGGCAACUCUGUGAACCGGAAGUCACGUUCAUUCUUCCGCCGGCGUUACUAGGGCUCAGGGAUGAGAAUGGAGUUGAGCACCCAUCGCACUCGCUGAUGGACGCAUUUAUGACGCCAUCCGGAGCGUCGCGGUUACGGAACAUGCUUUCGGACACAAAUGAUCAAGGCAUUCUCGCCAACACUUGGCUGCUAGCACCAAGUAUAGCCUACGCCUUUCGAAAUGGCCAUCUUCAGAUCCAACCACGCAAAAUUUUGGAUUGGAAAGAGUUCGAUGAGAAUUCAGCUGAGAAUGCAUCGAGGGCCGAAUACCAAAUAAUGCCCAUUUAUCCAGAACCGUAUGGGGACAUUCUUCUAGCUGACGGAUCUCCUUUUGAUGAGGAGAAUUGCUUUCGAAACUUUGUUCUACAGACCGAGGACCCCAAAGAACUUCCUCUCCCGAGCCCCUUUCUCUUGAAAACCCAUUACAAACUUGUCAAUGCCCUGCAUCACUUCUAUGUCGAGGAGCGCAUCGCUGAAGGCUGGCCGCCUCUACAGUCUCGAUCAUUCCUGAGCCGCCAUGUUCAGCUCAUAGCCCGUAAUAUCUGGCUCCUUCUGCCAAAGUUCGUUCGUACUAUCUGCUAUCGCCGUCUCCUGAAUGCUGGGAAGUUACGAUAUCCGCAAGAUAUCUCGUUCGUCCUGCAGCAGCUCCCUCUCGGCCUCUAUGCAAAGAGAUGCGACCGGUCUCAGCACAAUGAACCUAACGCGCUUAAGCUUCUCGAAAAACAAGCACCGUCUGUCCCUGCGCCUCUUCUCAUUGACACUUUCCAGGACGUAGAUGGGGACGACUGGUUCGUCAUGACUCGGCUCCCUGGCGUCCGCGUGCACGAUGUUCUCUAUCGCAUGUCUUACACGGAGCGAAAUCAGCUGGCUGAUGACCUAUCUCGUAUUCUUGACCAGAUGCACCAGAUUCCAAAUAAGACCCCCUAUCUUUUUGCCAAUGUAUUAGGGGGGCCUAUCAUCGACCGCCGCGCUGCGUGUGGAGGGUGCGGCCCGUACAACAGCGAAGCCGACUUGAAUGUCCAGCUUGCCAAAGGCGUCCAGCAAUACUUAAAGCAAGACAUACCGACGGCGUUUUCUCGGACUCAUAAGUCGGUGUUCACGCACUCGGAUCUCUUCUUUUCGAAUGUGCUCGUUGAUGGUGGGCGUUUGUCUGGGAUUGUGGACUGGGAGUGCGCUGGGUUCAUGCCUGAAUACUGGGAGUUUACGAAAGCGAUGCGGUCAGGCAUGCUUGAUUAUGAUGCACAGGCAGUGUAUCGUCGGAUAUGGGGAAAUCGGUUCGAUGAGGAACUUGAGGUGGAGCAGUGGCUUUGGCGGGUGUUCCCAUUUGGUGGGCCAGAGGCGUAGUAAGGCGGUGUUUAGGAGAUAGCAAUAAAAAGGCGAGAUUUAGGUUAGGAUUAGGACGUUUAGCUUUUUCAUCUCCCUCUCCCUAGCCUUCCUCUUCUUCUAUUCGCGGCAUCCCUGAAACACUACUUGCGCAUAUAUAACCCUACGUUGUACCUACC